UGUUUGUGCAUUUGAUUGUAAAAGGUGUGAAGGUUCUUAUCUGUCUCUUUGUUUGUGUGUUCCUUUUAUUUGGUGUAUUUAUUCUGUGUAUUUGCUGGUUUGUAUAACUUUUGUAGUCUGUGGGAGACACAAGGAAGUAUUUGUGCAGUAUACACCUGUGUUACGUACACGCAACAAACUUGACUUGUAUACAGCAUGUCUUUUAUUUAGCUGGCACCUUUGCUCAGUAGGGCUUACAACGUUAGAUAAUCAGCUUUAAGACAACUUCCAGAGUACAGUAUUCUUACUCUUUCAACAAGUUGGGUUUGGCAUUAAGAACCAAGAUGUCUGACAUUUAUGAGAAGUUCUUGGCCCCGGAGGAGCCCUUCCCACUGCUGUCUCAGCGAGGAAACUUUAGUGAGGAGGGCACAUUGGACAUGAGCGACUUUGGCUGUCAGCUGUCCUCUUGCCAUCGCACAGAUCCACUCCGACGGUUGCAUAGCAACAGGUGGAAUCUCACUUCGUGCGGGACAAGUGUGGCGAGUUCUGAGUGCAGCGAGGAGCUAUUUGCCUCCGUUUCAGUAGGAGACCAGGACGACUGCUACUCCCUGUUGGAUGACCAGGAGUUCACCUCUUUUGACCUCUUUCCCGAAGGAAGCGUCUGCAGCGAUGUUUCAUCCUCCAUCAGCACCUACUGGGAUUGGUCAGACAGCGAAUUUGAGUGGCAGCUGCCAGGAAGCGACGUUGCAAGUGGAAGCGACGUUCUUUCGGACAUCAUUCCCAGUGUUCCUAGCUCUCCAUGCCUGGUCCCCAAGAGGAAGACCAAACUGCACCGGAACUUGGACGAGUUGCCAUGGAGUGCCAUGACCAAUGAUGAGCAGGUGGAAUACAUUGAAUACCUCAGCCGGAAAGUGAGCACAGAGAUGGGAUUGCGUGAGCAGCUCGACAUCAUAAAGAUCAUUGACCCAUGUGCACAGAUAUCACCAACGGACAGUGAAUUCAUCAUUGAGCUCAACUGUCUGACAGACGAGAAAUUGAAGCAGGUGAGGAACUACAUUCGAGAGCAUGGGCCACGGCAGCGUCCCGGAGGUGCACGGGAGUGCUGGAAGCGGGGAGGAAGCGCCAGCGGGACAAGCGAUACCAGCAUGGCAAGCAGCGCAAGCAGCAGUAGUGGAAGCAGCAGCAGUGCUGCUUCCCGUGCCUCUGAUGUCAGCCGAACACACAGUGAAGGCAACCUGUCUGCCAGCGCCGCCGAGAGAAUCCGCGACUCCAAGAAGCGAUCAAAGCAGCGCAAGCUACAGCAGAAGGCCCUGCGGAAGAGGCAGCUGAAGGAGCAGCGUCAGGCACGCAAGGAGCGGCUCAGUGGGCUCUUCCUCAACGAGGAGGUGCUUUCUCUCAAAGUCCCCGAGGAGGAGGACCACGAAGGAGAUGUCGAAGUCCUGAUGUGACAGGAGUGAAUCGCUCAGUGUUCCUUCUAGGCCCUGCCCAGUCCAGUCUCAUGCAGGUGUUGCCCAGUUAAAACAAAAAUCCACAAAACGCACUUCAGGAUUUUACACUAAUAAAGGGCGUCAGUAAAUUGAACUCAUCGAGCUCCUCAUAGUUGGUUUCAUGAACCACAUACAGUAGCUUGAAAUUUCUCUCGCACAGAAUCCUUUAAUGAAAGCACCUUAAGCGAAAGUAAUGCUUGUUCACUGGGCUGAAGGUUUUCUUUGUGAUUUCCAGGUACAGCUGAUCUCACUAAGACUUAUCCCUUCAUCAGUUUGUAUCCUAGAAGGACAAGGUGACACAAGCGUCAGCAAACUUGUUAAUUGCAGCAGCUAAUCUCAAUCUAUCUGAUAAGACAUCACUACAUAAUGGAACGAGAUGGCGUAGAGGGAACACUGAACCUUUAAUAUCAUCACCAAAAUGUUCACAUUUUUUUUUCCCUCUGUUGUCCUUAUCGUUUCCUUUGGGGCGGGGUUAACUUUUAAUUUUCCUGUCAGAGCUGUGUGCUUUGUUUUUGCUCUUGUGAAAUUUACUCCUUUUUCAGUAGUCUGGUACUUUGUUGUACAUUACUGUAAAAAAAAAAAUGAAAUUCAAAUGUAAAAAUGAAGCUGUAUAUAUGUAAGGUUCCUUUUGUCAGUGUGGACUGAAUGUACUUAAGCCAUAGUAGUUUUGCUCAGUGGAUUUUAAUGAUAGUAUUCAUACCUGCGUUUAUGGGAGUGCAUCUGGAACGAUAGAUUUAAAAUGUAUGACUUAUUUUCUUUCAAGUAUUAAUUUUCAGAAAAAAUUUAGUCUUGUUGAAUUGUGUGUAGUGAAUUUUCAACCUAAUUCUGCCUUCAUCCUUGUGUAUUUCUGAAAUUUACACAAUGGAAACUUGUAGAAUAUGGUGUUUCAGCGCUUUGCAAAUAAAAAUACUGCAAUCUGUAAUUUAGUGGAUAUUGAAAUCCCCUCAAAUGCUACUGUAAAUAUAAUUUGAGCAACCACACGUAAUACUUUAAUUGCUAUUAGUUAAAAUUUUAAAGUUACUGUGCCCACUUACCUAUAAAAUGCAUGUUGCUUUACUACUUAAUGUAGAACAGUACAGCUCAGCUCAAAAAUAUGUUUUACUUUAUUAAAUUAGGGCAAAUACAGUAUUUAA